UGGAAGUGUACGAGCAGAGUAGCGUUUUCGACACAGGGCCGGAUUAAAAAGUGUUUCAUUCAGUAAUUGGGUCAAAUAUACAUUUUCGUUCACGUGAUGGGAGUGCACGGCCUUUGGCGAUUAAUUGAGCCGUCGGGGAAGCCUGUGCCACUUGAGACUCUCGAGAACAAGGUCCUCGCUGUCGAUAUUUCGAUAUGGUUACAUCAAGCUGUUAAAGGAUUUCAAGAUCCCAAAGGUGGUUCUUUACCGAAUGCACAUUUAUUGGGAAUUUUUCAUAGGAUUUGUAAAUUGUUAUAUUUUCGUAUUAAGCCAGUUUUCGUUUUUGAUGGUGGUGUACCUGUUUUGAAAAAACAAACCAUUGCAAAACGUAAUCAAUUAAAAAUAAAAAAUACGAAUGAUGCCAACCGAAUACAAAAGCAAUUAAUAAACACUUUACUAAAACAUUCGGCUGUCAACAAAGUAAUCGUAGAAAAUGUUAAAACCUCUUUACAAAUUUCAAAUGUGGCAAAUAAAAAAACUUCAUCUUCAGACAUGUUUGAGUUACCACCGUCGCAAUUUGAGGUUGAGUAUUCUUCCGAAAGCGAAAGUGAAACGGAAUCCUCCUCCUAUGAUACCACAGAAAGUUCAAGUCCAUCAAAAUCUUGGGAUUUACAUUCCAUAGAUGAGAAAAGCACUCAAUUUAAAAGCCUUCCGGCCGAUGUUCGUCACGAAAUCUUAACCGAGCUAAAAGAAACGCGCAAACAGAAUUCUUGGGGUCGAAUCCACGAAUUACCAACACAAAGCGAUGAUUUUUCUGGAUACCAAAUGAAACGAUUGCUGAAAAGGUACUCGAUCCAGAUCAGUUUGGAGGAGGCUGAAAAGGAAAUGGGCGGAGCUUCUUUGUCUUUGGGUGAAUUGGAAAGUUUAUUGAAAGAUCAUGGUGUUGUAAAUAGUAAGGAUGUCGGUGGGAGGAUCGCUUCUGAUGAAAAUAAACGGUACUUUUAUAUUAAGAGUAUGAAGAAAGCUUUGGAGGAUGCUAAAAAUAAACAAGAAGAGGAAAUCGAAAAUAUAGAUGAUGAUAUAAAUAAAAAUGAUGUUGCAAUUGAUGAAGAUUUAGAGAAAGCAAUUACAUUAUCUUUACAAGAUGUUCCAUCAACUUCUAAAUCCAAUGGAAAUAAUUUUGAAGAAAUUAAUGAAAAAGAAAUUGAAAAAAGAAAAACAAUAGCUGAUAAAGAAUAUGAGGAAGAUCUUGAAAAAGCUAUUAAACUUUCUUUGCAACAAACCGAAGAUUCCUUUAAUAAUGAUAUUUUUAUAAAUGAUUCAGAUUCAGAAUCUGAAGAAUCUGAUAAUGAAGUGUCAAAUAAAAUAUUGGCAUCAGCAAAAAAUUAUAUGACAGAAUAUAGUGGAUUAACUCCUUCAGAAAUAGCAAAAAUAAUAUCUGGAGAUCAUACUAAGAAGAAUGAUAACAAUGAAAAUAUUAGUAUUAAUAAAGUUGAAGAUAAAUUUGAUGAUUUUAAAAAACCGCAAUUAUCAAAACUUCUUGUAUUGAAGAAACAAGAAAAUAAAACAGAGUCAAAAGAAGACAAUUUCAAUCUUUCUGAUGAAGAAAUUGAUGAAAAAGUCACCAAAAAUGAUGAUGUUUCUAUAAUUUCAAAUGAUUCGGAUUCUGAUUCAUCAGAUUUUCUUGAGGUGGAAUCAGAAACAUCAACCCCACCCCAACCAAAUGAAAAUAAUAAAAAUUCUUUAGAAAUAAUGAUCCAAAAAGAUGAAAAAUUUGAUGAUUCUAAUGAUAUAUUUAGUGAUAUUUUUGAGGAUGUACCAAAAUUGGAAUCAAAAUUGGAAAUUGGACUGGAAAAAGAAACUGAAUUGAAUGAAGAACCAAAAAAUAAUAACACAGAAUCAAAUGUAAAAAUUGUUAGUAAUGUACUUUUAAAUGAAGUGAUGGAUGUAGCUGGGGUUGGAAAUGUUAAAGAAUUAGAUAAAGAAAAAUUAGAAAAAAUCGAAUUGGAGCUAAGCGCUGAAAAAGAUGCUUUAAUUGCAAAACAAUCGUUAAAAGAACGAUUAGCUACGAAUAUUUCGGAACAAAUGAGAGUGGAAGUUCAAGAGUUACUAAGACUUUUUGGAGUACCUUAUGUUAUAGCUCCAAUGGAAGCUGAAGCGCAAUGCGCGUUUUUAGAUGAAAUCAAUUUAACUGAUGGAACAAUAACUGAUGAUAGUGAUAUAUGGCUUUUUGGGGGGAAAACUGUUUAUAAAAAUUUUUUUAAUCAAUCAAAACGAGUUUUAGAAUAUAAAUCAGAGAAUAUUUUACAUUAUUUUAAACUUUCGCGAUACGAAAUGAUUUUAUUAGCUUUAUUAGUAGGAAGUGAUUACACAACAGGAGUUCAAGGAGUCGGUCCAGUAACAGCUUUAGAAAUUUUAGCCCAUUUCCCCUUUAAAAAACAAGACAAAAUUGAUCUACAAAACGAACUCGUUACGGGACUCCGCGAAUUUAAAAGAUGGAUCAAAGGGGAAUAUAACACAAAAGGCCGCGCAACGUUAAGAAAAAAAUUAAAAAACGUUAAUUUAAGCGAUCAAUUUCCCAGCAUACAAGUUGUUGGUGCUUAUUUGGAACCGCGUGUUGAAACGAGCGAUGAAAAUUUUACUUGGAGUAAACCCGACUUGGUUAGUUUAAUUGAUUAUGCAAAAGAAAAAUUUGGUUGGAAUCAAAGUAAAAGUGAAGAAAUUUUAAAGCCGGUUUUUAAAAGUUUCGAGAAAACCGACGUUCAAAGUAAAAUUACGAAUUAUUUUCAAGUCAAGAGGAGAAUUGAUGGAAAAAAUAUCGAUGAGAUUGUUAGUAAACGUGUUAAAACCGCUUUAAAUAAAAUCGGUAAAAAUGAAUCUUCUUCAGAUGAAGAAAAAGUUGUUAAAGAAAAUAAACCUAAAAGAAAACAAAAUAAAACUCUAUCAAAACCUUCCACUUCCAAACAAGAAAAUCCUUUACCAAUGACUAAUGAAAAUCAAGAUGAUGAUUUAAAAGUGUUACAACAAACUAAGAAAGUAUCACGAAAAAGAGCGAAACAAAUCGAAAAUGAACUUCGAUAUGAAAUGGAACAGCAAGAACUUCGAAAGAAUGAAAAUCCACAAAAAAAAAUGGUUAAAAAACUUCAUUCGAAAGAAGUUAUCCCUCAAAAACAAAAAGAUAAAGCUGAUAUGCUUAAAAGUCGAAUGAAAGCAAUUGAAACUUUUAGAAAAUCUAAACAAGGUCCAGGAUUUGUUAAAAAACGAUCUAAAAAAAGUAAUUUAGUUAAAGAAGAUGCUGAAUUAUCAGAAGAUAGUGAUUAAUAAUUUACUUUUUAUAUUUAUUUAAAUACUUUUUUGCAGUAUUAAACUUUAUAA